CCGCGCGCCUUUCGCCGCACGUCGUUCAAAAAGCAAAAUAAAAGUUCGCAAUUCAAAAUUUAAAAAAUAAAUAAGUGACAGUUACAAUACAAAAAAAGAACCUGUGUUUUUGUGAAAAUGUCUCGAAAGAUUAGUGCUCUAGUUUGCUGCCUAUGCGUUUUUGGUAUCUCUUCAAGCGACAGCGCUAUUUCGGCUGAAAGCGAAAAAAGAUGCCGAAAUCCUCCCACUGCACCUCAGAAGAUCGAAAGAGUCAUUACACUGUGUCAAGAUGAGAUCAAGCUCUCCAUACUAAGAGAGGCUUUGGACGUGAUAAAGGAGGAACACACGAUGCCGGCGGAGAGAAAGAGGAACAAGAGAGAAGUUCCCUUCACACAUGAUGAGAAGAGAAUUGCUGGGUGCCUACUGCAAUGCGUUUACCGGAAAGUGAAAGCCGUGGACGGCUACGGAUUCCCGACCCUUGAAGGUCUGGUGGGCCUGUACUCCGACGGCGUCAAUGAGCGAGGUUACUUCAUGGCUGUGCUGGAGGCAUCUAGGGAGUGCCUCAUGAGAAACCAUGAUAAGUUCUCUCGGACUGUUCCUAUGGACAACGGACGCAACUGUGACGUGUCGUUCGACAUCUUCGAGUGCAUAUCUGACCGCAUUGGCGAGUACUGCGGAAACUCCGGACUUUAGACACCAUUGCGUCUGUUGUUCACCGCUUCUCUACUUCUUCUUUGGGGAAGAUGCAAUGUAGUUAAUUUAACAUCCUUACCUACCUUGAAAUUUUAUCAUCAGAAAUAGUGCGAAGCAUAUUCAAAAAUAUUAGUGAAAAGUAGUGUCAAUUUUU